UCGUGCGCCGUACCUUACGUCUCGUCGAUCGCCGCGCGAUUACGCUCCGUAGUUCCGUAGUGUCGUAGUACUUCGAAGCAGUAACUCGUGCCCAAAUACAUUGUUUGUGUUUUGUGUGUGACAAUGUGUGUGUUUGUGUUUACCUCGCACUGAACACGGAUUGAAUUUCUCUUUAUUUUUUUAAUCAUCACAUGAGCACAACAGCUGGGCACCAUGUCCGCGGUGAUGAGCACGCUGUCCAUGAUCAGCGGUACUCGCCGCGCGCACCGCAAGCUCGCCUGCAGUCGCAAGUCCGGUCAGUUCUCUGAUGCGGGGGAGGAGCGCUCGCGCAGUCAGCAUGACCUCCACAAGCAACAGCGGUCGGCGUCACUGCAAACUCUGGAGGCGGGCGGCGGCGGGGUCAGCAACCUCGAGAGCCUGGAGGCCAAGAUGGCCAGUAUCGAGGUGUCGCUAGCGGGGUCGCGGCGGCGCAGCGCAGGCGCACGUGACGUCAGCCGCGAGCUCGAUGCGCUGAGGACUGCACUCACAGAUAAGGACACCCUCAUACAAAGUCUAAAGAAGCAACUCAGUGCAUCGCUAAGUGCAGCGCGGCUGGCUUCCCCCACGGCAUCCAGAGCCAGUUCUCACGAGGAACACGCCACCGCCCUCUCAGCAGACGAGAGGAGGGCACUGGAGGAACGAGCCAAUGCCGUCCGGAGCGAGCUCGACACUCGCAAGGCUAACAUACAGGAACUCAGGAGACGACUCGAGAAGACACAUGUUACUGAUAACAUAGACACGCGAAUCCAGCAAGCAGAAUUGCAGUACAAGCUGGGCCGCGAGGAGUUGGAGCUGCUGACGCUGAGCGAGCAGGCGCGUGCGCUCGCGCAGCUCAUCGAGCAGGCCGACGCAGCUGCCAACCGAAAUAACCGAACUACUUUAUACAGUGCGGUGCGUGACUGUGGCGGGUGCGCGUCGGUAGUGACGGUAGAGGCUCGCGAGGGCACAUGGGGCGCAGUCCCGCGGGGCUCCGGGAUGCUCAUAGAGUGGCCUGGCGACAAUGUCGGCAUUAAGGCUGGAGACAGGCUGUUAGAAGUAAAUGGCACAUCAGUGAUAGCGUGCCGCAACCAGGAGGACCUGCAGCGCGCCACGAGUGCUGCCAACCCUGCGCGGCUCGUGCUCUUGCGCAACACUGCCACUGCACACGCGCCACAACCAGCUAAUGGCUUCACACAGAACGAAGCUGCGUCAUUACGAGCGGAGCUGGGAGCCCUGCGGUCAGCAGCAGACGACGCUGAGAAAGCAAAGGAAGGCUUGCGCGCUGACAACACCAGGCUCACACACCGCAUCUCCUACCUCGAGGAACAGGUCGCUGAGCUCCUCAGCAGACAUACACAGCUUCAUUCAACAAGCAGUAAUGACAGCUGCAUCACAGUGAACAAGACAAAGAAGAAUGUCACUAAUAUCAACAUCACAACAGAUCCUCAUCCGAAGCCCAGUCCCAAGUCCGAAGUACAGGUGUUCCAGAAAGGUCCCGACAUUACUGCCAUCGUCGCCAAACUACCGGGCCUCGACGGUGCCGAGAAUAACCUGCCCAUGAUAAGACCGAGGUCUAAUGCUUCAGGAGCUUCUUCCCGUGCUGCUAUAUCACCCAGAGCGUCUCCGCCCCUGAACCACAGGUCGCACAGCUCGCACAGUCUCGAACACAAAGCCGAACGAAUGCGUCACUCUCUUUCCCACCACUGUAUCCAUGGUGCAGUUGACUAUAGUGCUGAAACUGACGCAGCGAUCCGCAUGAUCGAGAGGAACCAGAGGCACAUAGAGAAACAACGAAUGAAGAACGAGAGACUGAGCAGGUCCAAGUGCGAAGACUACUUCAGGUCAGACAGCGACCUCGACAUACGGGACACGCAUUCCAGCGCCAGCGUUGACCCCAGACACUACGAGAUAAAGAAGGCAGCAGACAGAAUAGAGGAAAGUAUAAAAAAAACUAACUGGGCUGAGAGAAAAACUCUUUCAAUCAUUGAGCAACUGAAGCGAUCACAAAGGCUUCGGAAAAUGAAGAAGAACGACAGCUCAGAGGACAUUCAGCUGGAAUCUGAAAGACACUACAUGUACCACAGAAUAGAUGGCAAGGUCUUAGAGAACGCUCACAAAUCCAGUAGACGGACUUCCAAACUACACUCACGCAGUGCCAAGUCUUCCGAGUUUGAAUCCGAGUCAGACUUUCCUAACGGCGACAUGUACAGCAGCUCGCCGCGGAUAGACUAUGGCUCCGAGACGUGCUCCAGGAUGAGUCAUUACAAAAAGAAUGAUGAUAGAAAAGACAGCGACGUGAAGUCGCGACCGACGCCGCCGCGGAAGCCACUGCGGCUAUCUCUUCACAAGGCGAGAAGUGCGCACUCUUUGAUAAACGGUAGUGAGUCUGAGACUCCUAGUAGACCAGCCUCGGAGGCAAAGCAUACAGAUACCGAGUGCAAUAAGAGGCCCGUGAAGAGGACACACGCAGCCGACAAGUGGGCGCGGGAGAGGAUCCGCGACGCCGGCCGCGCCACGCCCCGACCCACGAGGAAACACCUCAACGGACUGACAGCGUGCGAGGCGCCCGCCGCAGAUGACCUCUACCCAGAAAACACACACAUGCCUGUCCGGAUAAAUGGAAUGGGGGCCAAGUGGUGUUAGUAGCUCCUUCAGGCGAGGAGGACAAACAUUUUAAUAAAUGGCACAACGAGGCUGAAACAAAACUAAUGUAUUCAAAUUGUGUUUAGAUUGUUAAUUCGAAAGUUAUAUAAAUUGCUACUAGUUAUGCUUACAAAUAUACAUUGGUUCACUUGCACAAUGUUGCCACGAAUUAAACAAUUGAUUACAACUCAACAAAAUAAAUAAGUGUACAGAAGAUUAUGGACAUAGAGAAUAAUGUAAAUACACGUAUGUAAGCACCCACCGCGCAAUACUCACCUAAUGUAACGUAUUUAUUUAAGAUAUUUUAAGAUUUGUGUAAAUGACAAUAAACAUAAUUACUCCUCCAUAAUUAUUAGGACCCCAUUUUUAAAACCUCAUCUUCACUCAAUAAUAUGAAUACCCAAAAUUAUCAACUUACCUACCUACUUCAAAACUGUCUAUUGAUAUGUUAUUUUCAAAAACCCCGACAAAUCAUUUAACUGGAGAUUGGACGUACAGGCAAUUCCUCCUAAUGUAAUUGAGGUAUUGCCUGGAUGCUUGGAUAUUUCGAAAUAAAACAUCUGUCAUCAUAAUAAAAUCAUUUUAAUUAUUAAUACUAGCAACAAAAACAAAUGACAUAUUAUGUACACCAAAUUAAUAUCGUAUAAACAUUUAUCAUAACUACCCAAAAACUGAGGUCAUCGCCUACUCUUAAUAUGAUAUUGUUUAUACUUCGAUUGGAGCUGGGUGCACUCAUUACCUCCAUAAUAACAAUAUUACAAUGCAUGCAGCAUGCUGAGAUUAUAAUCAAACAAUAUCGUUCACUAACAGUAGAGUAUGGCUCCAGCAAGUCGAUAUAAAUACUCAACUUUGGUUGAGUAUGACGCUUUUUCCUACUACUACUUGUAAGUAGGCAUUAUAUAUAGGCAUAUCAAUUUCAAAAAGAUGCACACCGUCAUCGGAUACCUGUCAUACUAAUAUACAAAGCAAAAUUGAUUCUGGAAGCAAAUAGAAUAACUUGCUAAACACAUAGAUCAGCUUAAACAUUCCUAAUAAAAUGUGGAACAGAAUAUAACAAGCACCUUAGGUAUAAGUAUUACAUGAAAGCUAACUAUUAUUAAGUCUGUAUUGCAGAAUACAUAUGAACGUCCAUUACAAAACAAUAUAUUAUGGCAAAUAAUGAUCCAUUAUCUAUCGUACACAGACCACAUAAUGUUUCGUUUAACUUUAUAACAUUCUACAUUUUGCUUUAUUAUUAUUACUGUAUGUUGUCAACUGUUUAGAUACAAGAUACGAAUUUAAAAAUCAUUAUAAUCUUGGAACGACAGUUUAUUGACACCAUGGCAAGCUUGAAACGCAAGUAACUCAUCGACUGUUACCUUAUACGAGCACAGUACGAAUACAAGUGAGAGCGUAUAACACAGAGCGAUAUAUCCGACCAAAGUUAAGUAUUUACUAUGACACAACAUUAUGCGCUGCCUCCUCAACUGGCUAUGCGAAUAGGCCCUACACUGACUAGAUCCCAUGGUAAGCCUCCGACAUGAAUAAAACCAUAAAUCAAGUGUGUACUGAGUGAUAAAAUAUUUUGAAGAUAACUUUCUCAUUACGAAUUGAGAUUGAAUAAACACAAAAUAUCAGUGCACUUGUUUAUAGAGUUAAUCACCAAGUGUAAAACAAUUCCUCGUGUAUCAGUACGAACCCAAUACAUUAAUGGAUCUUUUAGCAUAUACAUUAAAUAUUAACACACAAUAAAUGUGACCUCGCAACAUUGUUCCUACUAACGCCAUUUGAACGGCAGCGCAUCGACAGUCUUAAUAAUAAUCGACUAAUCU